AUGUUCCCAGGCUCUCUGUUGUACCUGGGAGCUCGUAUCAACCAUCCUGAAGGAGCUGGUGAUGAGAUCAGACUGGUCAAUGGAUUCAAUGUCUGCGCUGGGAGAGUGGAGGUCUAUCAUGCUGGCCAGUGGGGAACCGUGUGUGAUGACUCAUGGGACAUGCUCGAUGCUGUGGUGGUAUGCAGACAGAUGGGCUGUGGGGCUGCACUCUCCGCUCCAGAUCUUGCCACCUUUGGACAGGGGUCUGAUCCAAUCUGGAUGGACGAUGUGGCUUGCACUAGCCAGGAAUCCUACCUCACAGAUUGUCCACAAAAUGGCUUUGGAAUAAUGAACUGUGGCCACUCUGAAGAUGCUGGUGUUGUCUGCGUAGAUAAUGAUGAGUGUGCGGUCGGCAUCUGUGGCCCCAACGCUGACUGCGUCAACACUCCUGCGAGUUACAACUGCACCUGUCACGAGGGGUACAGUGUGAAAAUUAUGCCAGGCUCCAUGGCCAACAUCUCAAAUCCCUGUGAAGAUGUGGAUGAGUGUGUCCCAAAACCAUGUGGUGCCAAUACAGAAUGCUACAAUACUCCAGGAAGCUUCUACUGCACCUGCAAGGAAGGGUACAUUUCCUCUACUGGAUUGAUCUGGGUGUCUGGGACUACUGUGUGCCAAAGUACACAGGACUUUUUUGCCUCACUAACUCUUCCAGAGGGCCAGACACCUGAAAUGUUCUUCCUAAAUCAAAUUAACAAGGAGUUGGAGGACAACCCUGAUCUUGUUCUGCCUGAGAAGACAGUGACCGGUGUCCUGAGCAUGGUCUUGUCUGUCACAUUCGGCACGUCUGAUGUGGGGGGAAAUGGCGGUUCGGCAGAGGCAGCCAGCAUUGUCGUGAAAAUCAUAGAGGGGUUGACAUCUGCCCUGGUGGAGCCCACUAAGACCCAGUCUAACAAAUCUCUGAAGACACCAACCAUGGAGAUCAGUACAGUGGCCAUUGGACCACAAGGGAAUAUGACUGAUGAGACGAAUGCAGUAGAAGCCAUGGGAAACAUGAUGUCAAUCAAUCUUGCAGGUGUUGCUAAAAACAACAAUGGAUCCGCUUCUGCAGGUCUGACGUUAGUCAGUGGGAUUGAGAAGCUCAUGAGCCCCAGUUUCUUCAAGAGUGAAAAUGUCACAGAGAUGUAUUCUGACAUCAUCAUUGCCACACUGCCUAAGACCAGACACGUGGAGCUCCCUGAACCUGUCAACUUCACUAUGUACAACAAGGACAGAACUGGGCCUGUCAUGAAGUUCCAGGCUGGGCUGGUUACCUGUGUGUACUGGAAGGAAAAUGGGAAUGAGACACACUGGUCAGUGGAGGGGUGCACAGCCUCCUUCUCCAACGAGACCCACACAGUAUGCACCUGUACCCACCUCUCCACCUUCGCCGUCCUCCUGCAGACGGGGGGACAGGAUAAUGAAGAGGAUGAUCCUCUGCUGGAGAUGGUAGACCUGUUCUGUAUGUGUGUGGGUCUGGCCUUCCUCGCCCUCGCCAUCCUCACAUUCCUACUGUGCACAUGGAACCCUAAGGUCAACAACACCGCCCGCCUCCACCUCUGCAUCUGCCUCUUCUUGGGUCACCUGCUCUUCCGGGUGGGCGUGUCUCGCACCGAGAAUGCUGUGGUGUGUGCAGUCAUUGCAGGCUUGCUGCACUUCAUCUUCCUGUCAGGCUUUGUGUGGAUGUUCCUGGAGACUGUGCAGCUGUUCCUGCUGGUCAGAAGCCUGACCAAAGUACAGGUCAUCCAGAAGGAGGGGCUGAAGACACUGUACCUCCUGCUGAUUGGCUACGGAGCUCCCACGGUGGUGGUGGGAGUGUCUGCAGCAGUGUUUCCAGGCGGUUAUGGCAGCAAAAACACGUGCUGGUUGAGCCAAAAACGAUAUUUCCAGUGGAGUUUCAUUGGUCCAGUGGGUGCCAUUCUCACAAUGAACUUGGUCUCAUUUUGUGUGAUCCUCUGGAGCCUGCGGCCUACACUAGCCAACAUGAAGAGUGACGUUUCCCAGUCAAAAGACACCAGGCUGAUUAUCUUCAAAAUUGUUACCCAGUUUUUUGUUUUGGGGUGUGGCUGGAUCCUGGGUUUUUUCCAGAGCAGCACUUUAUUAAAAUACCUCUUCAUCAUCCUCAACUCACAGCAGGGCACCUUCAUCUUCAUCGUUCACUGUUUGCUCAACAAAGAGGUGCGAAAGGAGUACAGGAGGUGGUUCUCAUGUCUGUGUAGAAAAGAGGGACCGUCAGGAGACAGUGCUACUAAAGACACUGUGAACGAUGAAUCCCAACCCACAAAAGACAUGGACAAGGCAGAUCACCAUCAUUGAUAAGGAACUGAACAACUGAAACUUUUUUAUGGAACUGCAUACUUUUUAAUAUAUCAGACAAUUAAUUCAUUUGAGUAUUCUUUUGGACUACUAAUGCAAUUUUUGCAGCAAGUGCACAUUAUUAUCAUGUACUAGUAUAGUGGUUAUAAUAUACUUAGAGGCAAUAACCUUAAUGUGAAGAAGUUCCAAUCUUUGUUUUGAAAAAGAGUUAAUUUAAUUGCUUUUGACAUGAAAAUGUUCUGUAUUGACACUAGUCUGAAUUUUGUGAUCCAAUGUGAUUUGGAAGAAAGGUGCAGCUUCAGGAAUCCAAGGAGACCAGAUACAAAAUUUGUGGCCAUCUCUGCCAAACUCCAGUUGUAAUGACUAAUCCUGGCGUCACCAUGCUGUGACACAAUGAGAAGUCACAGUUUGCUGUGAAUAUGAAAUGAACAUAUAACACGCACAACUAGGAGUGAUGCAAGGUCUCCACAAUGUUAGUUAUUCAGUCAUAUAGACUGAACUAUAGAUAUAGCUGCAUAUGCUUGAAUAGGUAAUUAGUCACAUGUAAAUAUUUUUGAUUUACAAGUUUAGUAAUACAGGAUAAACAGCUGUCAGAGAAAAGAAGACUUGUGUAUUAAAUAAAUGCUAAAUAAAGAUUAUAUAUUCUUCUGUGGAACACUGUUUCGUUAAAACACCCUUUCGU